AAAAAGGGGAAAUAACUGGAAGUCGUUGGGAUAGCCAAAAUGGGCAGGCAUUAAUUAAAGCCUUUCAGGAAGGUAAGAGUGAGUUGACUCAAAGAACCUCCAAGAAAGAGAUCAGAAACAUUUUUGUCCUCCUCAAGAAUCCAAGAAUAGUAGUGAUGGAAAAGCCCCACAAACUGCUUAAUGUGGGAAAAAUAGAGGUUGCAGAUCACAGCUGAUUAUGCACAAGACAAUCCACCCAGUGAAGCGCGAUACAAAUGUUUGGAGUUUAGCAAAAGCUUUACUCAGAGUAGCUCCCUUAUGGUUCAUGGAAGGACCCACACAGGAGAGAAGCACUACCGGAUGACCAAAUGUGACAAAAGAUUUAGCAUGAACACUAAUAUGGUAAGACACAAGAGGACUCACGCAGAAGAGAAACCAUAUGAGUGCUCAGAUUGUGGGAAAGGUUUCAGUUGGAAUUCCCUCCUGGUGCAACAUCGAAGGACUCACACGGGAGAGAAACCAUAUGAGUGUCCAGAUUGUGGGAAAGAUUUUUCUUGGAAAUCUGACCUGGUGAAACAUCAAAGGACUCACACAGGAGAGAAACCAUAUAAAUGUCGUGAUUGUGGAGAAAAUUUUAGUCAGAAUUCCCAACUGGUGAAACACCAAAGGACUCACACGGGAGAGAAACCCUAUGAGUGUUCGGAUUGUGGGAAAGAUUUCACUUGCAAUUCUGACCUGGUUAAACAUCAGAGAACUCACACAGGAGAGAAACCAUAUAGAUGUCCAGAUUGUGGCAAAAGUUUCAGUCAGAGUUACUACCUGGUGAUACACCAGAGGAGUCACACAGGAGAGAAACCGUAUGAGUGCCAAGAUUGUGGGAAAGGUUUCAGUUGCAAUUCUGACCUGGUGAAGCAUCAGAGGACUCACACAAGAGAGAAACCAUAUAAAUGUGAUUGUGGGAAAUGUUUCAGUCAAAAUUCCUACCUGGUGAAACACCAGAGGAUUCACACGGGAGAGAAACGGUAUGAAUGUUCAGAUUGUCAGAAAGGUUUCAGUUCCAACUCCGACCUGGUGAAACAUCAGAGAACUCACACAGGAGAGAAACCGUAUAAAUGUGAUUGUGGUAAAAGUUUCAGUCAGAAUUCCUACCUGAUGAAACACCAGAGGACUUACAUGGGAGAGAAAUCAUAUAAGUGUGCAGAUUGUGGGAAAAUUUUCCAUCGGAAUUCUCACCUGGUUGUACACCAGAGAACUCACACAGGGGACAAACGGUAUCAGUGUCUGGAUUGUGGUAAAAGUUACACUCGGAAUUCCAACUUGGUGAUUCACCAGAAGACUCACACAGGAGAGAAAUCCUAUCGGUGUCCUGAUUGUGGGAAAACUUUCAGUCAGACUUUCAACCUUGUGCAACACCAGAACACUCACACUGGAGAAAAACCAUAUGAGUGCCUAGAUUGUGGGGAAAAAUUCAGUUGGAAUUUCCAUCUGAUGAUACACCAAAAGACUCAUACAGACAAGAAACUGUAUGAAUGUCCAGAAUGUCAGGAAAGUUUUAGUUGCAAAUCUGAACUGGCGAAGCACCAGAAGAUUCACAGAGAAAAGAGACUGUAUGAGUGUCCAGAUUGUGGGAAAAGUUUCACUCAAAAUUCCAAAUUGGUGAGACACCAGAGAAUUCAUACGGGAGAGAAACCAUAUGAGUGUUUAUAUUGUGGUAAAAGUUUCAUUCAGAAUUCCAACCUGGUAAUACAUGAGAGGACUCACACAGGAGAAAAACCAUUCAAGUGUCCAGAUUGUGAAGAAAGUUUCAGUCAGAAUUCCUACCUGGUGAAACACCAGAGGACUCACACAGGAGAAAACCCAUAUGAAUGUCUGGUGUGUGGGAAAAGUUUCAUUCGAAAUUCCGACUUGGUGAAGCACCAGAGGACUCACACAGGAGAAAAACCAUAUGAGUGUCUCGAAUGUGGGAAAAGAUUCAGUCGGAAUUCCAGUCUGGUGAUACACCGGAGGACUCACACAGGAGAGAAACCAUAUGAAUGUCCUCUGAUUAUGCACGAAAGAAUCCACCCAGUGAAAACCCAUAAAAAUAUUUGGAAUUUAGCAUGCACCACAAAUAUGGUGAGACACAACAGGACUCACACUGGGGAGAAACUCUUUGAAUGUCCUGAUUGUGGGAAAAGUUUCACUUGGAAAUCUGAUCUGCUGAUACACAAGAGGACACACACGGGAGAGAAACCAUAUGAGUGUCCGGAUUGUGGGAUAUGUUUCACUCAGAAUUCCAAUCUGGUGACACACCAGAGGACUCACACGGGAGAAAAACCAUUUGUGUGUCUUGAUUGUGGGAAAGAUUACUCUCGGAAAUUUGACCUGGUGAAACAUCAGAGGACUCACACAGGAGAGAAACCAUACGAGUGUUCGCAGUGUGGGAAAAGUUUCAUUCAAAAUUCUCACCUUGUGCGACAUCACAGGACUCACACCGGAGAGAAACCAUAUAAGUGUCCAGAUUGUGGGAAAGGUUUUGCUCAAAAGUUUGACCUGGUGAUACACCAGAGGAUUCACACGGGAGAGAAACCCUAUGAGUGUUCAGAUUGUGGGAAACGUUUCAGUCAGAAUUCCUGCCUGGUGAAACACCAGAGGACUCGGACCAGAGAGAAACCAUAUAAGUGUGCAGAUUGUGGGGAAAAUUUCCAUCGGAAUUCUGAUCUGGUUAUACACAAGAGGAGUCACACAGGAGAGAAACUUUAUGAGUGUUUGUUUUGUGGGAAAAGUUUCAUUCGGAAUUCCAACCUGAUGAUUCAUCAGAAGACUCACACGGGAGAGAAAUUGUAUGAGUGUCCAGAGUGUGUGAAAUAUUUCAGUUGCAAGGCUGAACUGGUGAAACACCAGAGGACUCACACGGGAGAGAAACCAUAUGAGUGUCUGUAUUGUGGGAAAAGUUUCAGUCAGAAUUCCAACCUGAUGAUACACCAGAAAACUCACACGGGAGAAAAACCCUAUCAGUGUCCAGAUUGUGGGAAAACUUUCAGUCAGAAUUCCUACCUAGUGAAACAUCAGAGGUCUCACACCAGAGAAAAACCGUAUGAGUGUCUGGAAUGUGGGAAAAGUUUUAGUUGGAAUUCCCAUUUGAUGCUUUCCCUCAGUUUAGCUCUUGCAAAAAAGCUCCUGGCUCAGUUGCAGUGA